GGACUCCUCGCCGCCGCCGCGAGACUCGGCACCCGCAGCGCUCCGGCUCCUCCUCCUCCCGCGACCGCGCUCCGCAGCGAUGGACGGAGACGGUGACCCAGAGAGCGUGGGCCAGCCGGAGGAGCAGCCGGAGGAGGCGUGCGCGGAGGCCGAGGAGGAGCAGCCCGGGGAGGAAGAGGCAUCAGGCGAGGAGGAGGCGGCGGCGUACCUGGCGGAGCUGCCCGAGCCGCUGCUCCUGCGCGUGCUGGCCGCUCUGCCGGCCGCUGAGCUGGUGCAGGCCUGCCGCCUGGUGUGCCUGCGCUGGAAGGAGCUGGUGGACGGCGCCCCCCUGUGGCUGCUCAAGUGCCAGCAGGAGGGGCUGGUGCCCGAGGGUGGCGGCGACGACGAGCGAGACCACUGGCAGCAGUUCUACUUUCUGAGCAAGCGGCGGCGCAACCUGCUGCGCAACCCGUGCGGGGAAGAAGACUUGGAGGGCUGGUGCGACGUGGAGCACGGUGGCGACGGCUGGCGGGUGGAGGAGCUGCCUGGAGACAGUGGGGUGGAAUUCAGCCACGAUGAGAGCGUCAAGAAGUACUUCGCCUCCUCCUUUGAGUGGUGUCGCAAAGCACAAGUCAUUGACCUGCAAGCUGAGGGCUACUGGGAGGAGCUGCUGGACACCACCCAGCCGGCCAUCGUGGUGAAGGACUGGUACUCGGGCCGCACGGACGCGGGCUGCUUGUACGAGCUCACGGUGAGGCUGCUGUCGGAGCACGAGGACGUGCUGGCCGAGUUCAGCAGCGGCCAGGUGGCGGUUCCCCCGGACAGUGAGGACGGCUGGAUGGAGAUCUCCCACACCUUCACCGACUACGGACCAGGCGUCCGCUACGUCCGCUUCGAACACGCGGGACAGGACUCCGUCUAUUGGAAGGGCUGGUUCGGGGCGCGAGUGACCAACAGCAGCGUGUGGGUGGAGCCCUGAGAGCCCCCUGCUGCUCCCCAGCCGCCCUGCCCCGCGGGGCGGAGGCCGGGGUGGACAAGCCUUAACUUAGUCGCCAGCACCUCGCCCAGCCGUGCCCACCUCGCCCCGC